GGUGGGACGUAAGAGAGCUGGCAGGACGUCGAUAUGCCAGUGUCACAACUUGCUUGGAGGUUCGGGAUUUGAGCCUGUCGGGGGAACCGAAAUGGACUCGGAUUCAGAAGUGGAGGGGAUCCUACAGGGGAGCCGGAACCAGGAGAGACCUCCCUCUAGCUAUGGCUCCAUGAAGAGUGAUGAGGAGGAAGAGGACGAGAACAUCACAGAGGCUCAGCGCUCAUUUGGCAAAUCGGAACUACACACCAUCACUACAUAUACAGGGGUCCAGCUGAACCGCAACGUGUCUCCAGAGACGGUCUUCACUGAGAUCACACACCAGCAGUCUGUCAGCAAGCACCCCCAAGAGGGAACCUUCGUCACAGAGAGAUGUGCGGAGGAGGAGGAAAAAAGGGAUGAGAGCAGCCCCAUCCAGGUAGACUCCCCUGAGCCCCCGCCCUCCGUCGAGCCUGAGGACGAAACGCAGGAAGAGGGUGAUGACGAGCAACAGCCAGGCAAGCUGCACCCUGAAUUCGACCUGCCCUACAUAUUCAAGUCCAUGCAGAGUUGUCUGACAUCCCUGGUUGGUCCUGAGUUACACCUGUUUAAGCGCUACUUAUGUGGGCGCCACCCCUCCUUCACCAUGACUGACCUGGAGGAGAGCGAUACGCUGGACAUAGUGGAUAAGAUGCUGGAGCGCUUCGGUAAACUGCAAGGCCUGCGGGUGGCGAUCCGCAUGCUGGAGAGCAUGAAGAAACCUGAGCAGGCCCAGGAACUGGAGAAGAAGUGCAAGAGAGCUGUGAUCCAGUAUGAGUUGAAGUGUGAUCUGAUCCGGAGACACAACUGUAUCUUUGAGGGUGUACCCCGGGCAGGCCAGCAUAUAUACCUGAAGUACGUCUACGUUGAACCCCAAAUCUCCACCCAAGGUCACGGCGGGGUUAAUCCGUUGCACAAGGUCCGGUCCGAUCCCCCCAACCCUCCCCAGGUUGCCUCCCCAGACAGCAUGAUUGGUGGGAAUAACAUUUUCCGUCUCCGGUCCAUGAAUGGGUCUCCAGUACGAUGCGUUCUGACCACGGGGGUGCCCGGAAUCGGAAACUCUGUGGCGGUUCAGAAGUUCAUGCUGGAUUGGGCAGAGGAUCGGGCUAAUUUCGACAUUCAGUUUGUGUUCCCGUUUCCGUUCCGGGAGAUGCAGUCGCUGAGGGAGCGGAACAUAGUUGAGAAGAAGGACAUCAGUAUGUUGGAGCUGCUGCAGACGUACCACAAUGAGACACGCUCCAUGGACUUUCUGGAGCAGCCAGACUGCAAGGUGCUGUUUGUCAUGGACGGGAUCGACAUCUACCAAGGAAAUCUUGAUUUCAAGAACACUCCUGUUGUGACUGACAUUGAGGCUGUUAUUCCCCUGGACUCCCUGUUGGUAAAUCUGAUCCGAGGCUCUCUGCUGCCGCACGCCCUCUUGUGGCUGACUGGGAGACGUGCAGCUACCAAUCAGAUACCUCCUGAGUACAUCCACCGUGUCACUGAGAUACAGGGUUACAGUGACGAGCAGAAGGAUGACUAUCUGACCAUGCGUUACUCGGACAAGUCUCUGGCUGCUAAGAUCAUCAGACACACCAAGAGCUCCCCCACCAUCUACACCCUGUGUCAUAUUCCCUUCUGCUGCUGGAUGGUUGCCAUGGUGUAUGAGAGGGGUUUCCGUAACCACGAUGACUACGGAAACGAGCCCCCCAAGAUUACGUCCUUCUUCAUCCACUACAUGAUUAUCCAGAACAACCGCAAGCUGGAGAAAUACCACGGGCAAAACCCCAACUCACAGAAAUGGACGGAAAUGGACAAAGUGUUCAUGUUGACACUGGGUCGCCUGGCUCUGAAGCUGUUGGAUAAUAACCGCUCUGUGUUCUAUGAAGAGGACCUGAAUGAGCACAGUCUGCUGGUGAGGGAGGUGGCCUGGUGUUCGGGCCUGUGCACUGAGCUUCCUAGGACGAAUGCCAAAGACAAGCGGGUCUUCUGCUUCACACACCUGAGCUUCCUGGAGUUCAUGGCUGCACAUUAUGUAUGGCUCACCUUCCGUCUGGAGGAGCGGAACGUUCUAGACCAGUCCUACCGCGUCUCCAAGCUGUUCAAGGAGCACUCUCUGGUGGACAUGUACCGCAAAGCCGUUGACCGUUACCUCAGCGCUCCUGUCGGCCAGUACGACCUGUUCCUGCGCUUCCUGUGCGGCUUGUCCAUGACGCUCAAUGACGGUCUGCUCCGAGGGAUGCUGUUCCCCCAUAACGCCCCUCCACUGAAAGGUCUGGAGGACGUGGCCAGGCUGCUGACUAAGAGGAAGGUUAGCGCAGGGAAAGAGAGACAGCACAAUCUUAGCGAAUGCCUCAGGGAGCUGGAAACGUCUGAGGACUGAACAGUCUCCUGCUGUUAGCAAACAUGUUUGAUCAUUUGUCUCUGAUGCACUGAACUCUGGUUUGUAAAAUGAAAGGUAAUGCGACUGAAGUAUUGGUUAAGUCUCUGUGCCCCGUUGAAACCAAAACAAUGAACAUUCAGUGUGUCUCAUCUAACUACCAGACAGACCGAGAGAAAGAGAAGGCAUAAAUCACAAAUGUGUCUUACCAGAAAGAGUUAAUCAUUGUGUCUGAACAAACUCUGUGACUGUGCUGAGUCUGUAAGGACUAAUAUAUAACCCAUUAACUAGCAGUCAAGAUAAAGACCACGGUGCUUGUUAGACGUGUCGCCAUACAGCCCGUUCAUCCUCUACUCAACAAGAUGACACACUGGAGGACGGAUGCAGACAGUAGUGACCCUAGUUGCACAAUCUGUUAUGUAUUGCUUCUCCAUCACUGACACUAGCCAGUUAUACUUCUAGUUGUAGUACAAGAAGAAUCAGGUAUUUAGUUAACAUUUUCAUUAUUCUUUUAAUUAACAAACUUGAUGGAAAGGGAGUGUUUUAUGUUCACACCUUUAUGAGUGUUUAAAUUACAUGACAUGUCUGUGUGUGUUUAAAUUACAUGACAUGUCUGUGUGUGUUUAAAUUACAUGACAUGUCUGUGUGUGUUUAAAUUACAUGACAU